UGCGCUGUGUCCCAAGGACACAGCGGAUCACCGAUUAAUGGAAAGAGCCGAAGAUGUUGGCUCGGUCAUGUGAUCAGCUGUGUCCAAUCACAGCUGAUCACAUGGGACAUGUACACUGAUCAUCAGGGCACUGAUGAUCAGUGUGCCGCUUAUGAUCUGUGUAGCCCCAGCAGUGCCACCUAUCAGUGUCCAUCAGUGUCAGCUGUCAGUGCUCAUCCAUGCCACCUGCCAGUGCCUAUCAGUGCCACAUUUCAGUGCACAUCAAUGCCACAUAUCAGUGUCCAUCUGAGCUGCCUUUUAGUGUCACCCAUCAGUGCCAGUCAGUGCCACCUAUCAGUGCUGCCAAUCAGUGUCACGCCUAUCAGUGCCAGUCAGUGCCGCCUAUCAGUGCCAGUCAGU